ACGGAAGCGUUCUCACACCGGCCAACGGUCGUUGGGCCAUUUCGGUCGCUCGUUAACAGAGAGCACUAUCGCGGGCCACAGGUUUUCUUUCUGACUCAACCUUAUCCUUUGUUAGUGUUUCCUGUGGAUGAUUUACAAAGCUCACAGUCGCCGAAGAGAAUUGUGCAGAGGAUCGGGACACACGUCAACCACAUGGCUGCCCCGGCGACAUCUCGCCGUAGCGGGUACUCCCGACCGGUCAAACUGCUGGGAAUCGUCCAGGUCGUUACGUCGGGGCUCUCGGCCGUGCUGGGGAUAGCGUCGGCCCUUGCUGGAUCCAUUUUAGGGAUAGCGUUCUCCGGAAUGUGGACCGCUAUGAUGUUUUUCCUCCCCGCUGGCAUUCUUGGUGUCAUGUCUGUGACGGUUCCCGUAACUUCACGAAGACGCGUGGCCGUCGCAUGUCUGGUCAUGACAACACUUUCCUCUGUAGUUGCCGCAGCCAACAUUGGCAUCUACGCUGCCUCAAUCGCUUACGACUACAAAGUUUUUGGAAUGUUCUAUUAUUUCCGAAGGCCGACUGUGCCGGUAGUCUUGGAUGCCGUCUCGUUGCUCGUGAACCUUGCUGAACUAACCAUCUCCAUCAUCUUAGCCGUCUACUGCCGCUUUGUCAUCAGUGAAUACCACUCCAAGAUUUCCACGAUCCAGUGUCCAGGGCAAGGUGACCCCACCCAGGAUAUGCACGGUCAUCUGGCAGUUCCCUUUCCGACCGUUGCCUCCAGCACACAGAUGGUUGGCCAAUCUACCAACCAGCCCCUUCGCUGCGGAGUCAGUGCAGUCGAUGCAGACGGUACCAAUGGAAAUGAGAAGGAGAACGACAUGGACUUGGCGUGAAAUACUUCAGAAAAUCACCGAGUUUUCUCAACACGCCGCAGAGGGG